GCCUUACUUAGGCAAGCUUUAGAAGUAAGAAGUGUAUGUAUUGUACUGCCAACAAUCCCUACCCUCUCUAUACUCCUUGUCUAUCGACCUCCUGUCUCAAAUUUAGAACCCAAGGAGAAUUCUGAAGUACAAAAAGAGAGUUUCCUUGCUGAUGCUGAGGCUGUUGCAAAAUCAUUUAGCGAGUGCUUUGUCUCAUCGUCCAUGAUUUCACCUAAACAACUACCUAAAUUGAGAUCGAUAUAUAAUGAGAGUGGUAUAGCGCUCUUGAAUGGAUUUUUCCUACUUAGGCUUGAAAGCAUGCGCUUGACAGGAGUAAGGCAGUUAAUUUUCUUAAGGGGUACAAUUGUUACGUGUGAUCGAAUAGUCACUGUCAGUCAGGGUUACUCUUGGGAAAUUACAACUUCAGAAAGUGGGAAUGGUCUGGAUGAGCUUCUAAGUAGCCAAAAAUAUGUUUUGCAUGGAAUCACAAAUGGGAUUGACAUUGAUGAAUGGAACCCUAGUUCACACAAUCAUAUCCCAUUCCAUUACUUAGUUGAUGAUCUCUCUGGAAAGUGCAAAGCAGCUUUACAGAUAGAGCUUGUUCUUCUUGUGUCAGGCCUGAUAGAUAGCCCACUGAUUGGAUUCAUUGAAGAUUGGACUAUCAAAUGGGCAUUGAUUUGAUCUGUUCAGCAUUGCUAGAGUUGUUGCAAGAUGAUGUCCAAUUUGUUAUGCUUGGAUGGGAAUGCAAAAACUGAAACUUAGAUGGGUUGGGCUGAAUCUAUCUACAAAGAAAAGUUCCAUGGAUGGGUCAGAUUUAACGUUCCAGUUUUGACACUUGAAUUUUUAUAAGACUUUAUUAUUAGUUCUAAAAUUUAAUAUUUUAAGUGUAGUGUGUAGUUAGUUUUGGAGGUAAAGAAUUCAUCAUUAAUUUUCGUUUGUAACUUUGACUCAAAUAUUUG